GCGAAGGAAGGAAGGAAGCGGGCGGUCGCCUCCUCGCCUGCCUGCCGCGCCCAGCUCAGCCAAGCCCAGCCGCGCCAGCCGCCCAGGCUCCGCUUUCCCUAUGGCCGCGGGCGGGAGCUAAAGCAGAGAACCCGGAGACCAUUUUUCCCCUCCUUCCAACCCCCCCUUCCCCCCAAAAAUCCUCUCAGAAAAUCUUCCUCGGGGGGGAAAGGAGAAGAAAAACCGCGCCCGCCCGAGCGUCUCCCGAGAGCCCCGCCGCCGCCGCCUUCACAGCCGCCGCCGCCCUCCUUUUCGGGGGGCUUCGCUUCCGCCUUCGGAGGGAGCCGAGCGGGACGACCAGCACCGGCGGGGGCCCCCCUUCUCCGCCUCGCCUCCUCUCCACCUUCCUGCGGCCGAGGAAGAGGAGAAGAAGCAGCAGCAGCAGCCUCGAAGGGGGGAGACAGAGCCCGGGCGGCCUGGGUGGGGGAGGCCGUUGAAGAAGCAGUUACAUGUUUGACUGUAGAAGUUGGCUUUCCAGUGUACUGACAGAACAUAUUUUUGAGCAACUAAGGGGUGUCAGAGAAGUACACCUUUAGCACAGGAAGAUGAGUGAACUUGACCAGCUACGCCAGGAGGCGGAGCAACUGAAAAACCAAAUCAGAGAUGCUAGGAAAGCAUGUGCUGAUGCUACGUUGGCCCAGAUUACAGCCAACAUUGAUCCAGUGGGUCGUAUUCAGAUGCGCACUAGAAGAACACUGCGGGGACACUUGGCUAAAAUUUAUGCAAUGCACUGGGGAACUGAUUCCAGGCUUCUUGUUAGUGCAUCACAGGAUGGCAAGCUUAUCAUUUGGGACAGCUACACCACAAACAAGGUCCACGCCAUUCCUCUGCGCUCAUCCUGGGUGAUGACCUGUGCAUACGCUCCAUCUGGAAAUUAUGUGGCCUGUGGUGGUCUUGAUAACAUCUGCUCCAUCUACAACCUGAAAACACGUGAGGGCAACGUACGUGUCAGCCGUGAACUGGCUGGCCAUACAGGCUAUUUGUCAUGUUGCCGUUUCGUGGACGAUAAUCAGAUUGUUACCAGCUCCGGAGAUACCACUUGUGCCCUGUGGGACAUAGAAACUGGCCAACAAACCACCACAUUUACUGGUCACACUGGAGAUGUUAUGAGCCUGUCUCUUGCUCCUGAUUCCAAGUGUUUUGUUUCUGGUGCCUGCGAUGCCUCUGCAAAGCUGUGGGAUGUCCGAGAAGGGAUGUGUCGGCAAACCUUCACCGGCCAUGAGUCGGACAUCAAUGCCAUAUGUUUCUUCCCCAAUGGCAAUGCGUUUGCCACCGGCUCUGAUGAUGCCACAUGCCGGCUCUUUGAUCUCCGCGCCGACCAGGAGCUUAUGGUUUAUUCCCAUGACAACAUCAUCUGUGGCAUCACCUCCGUAGCAUUCUCCAAGAGCGGGCGUCUCCUUCUAGCUGGCUACGAUGAUUUCAAUUGCAAUGUGUGGGACACGCUCAAAGCUGACAGAGCAGGCGUCCUAGCUGGCCAUGAUAAUCGCGUCAGUUGCUUAGGCGUGACUGAUGAUGGCAUGGCCGUGGCCACGGGAUCAUGGGACAGCUUUCUCAAGAUCUGGAACUAAAGUCUAAUAGCAGCGGAACUCCACGCUGACUGGAAGACUUUUCCAACAGUUGAGAAUUUAAAAUAACGUAUCCAAUCCAACCAUACUAACUUGGACCCCCUCCCCCUUCCCCCCCUCCAUCCUACCCAGCCACCAAAGGGCAAGAUCUUUCCCGCCUCCAAUUACCGAAAUGAAGAGCACAAUUAUCUCCUAAAAGAAGAGUCUCUGUGGUUACAUACAAAUAGCGAAAGAAGUAAAAAUUGUGCAUUCUUUUGGGGACCACUUCUCGUCUAGAAAACUAAAGAAAACACACUUCUGUAAGCAUGUCCAGAAAAAAAAGAGAAAAAAUGUGAAACAGACAACUUUUAACUUUCACUGUAGUUUAAACAUUAUAAACCAUUGAUUUGGUUUUACUUUUUUUUAGGUUGGGGGUGGGGGGGCGCCUUUGUUUUACUCUCACUUUCAAAUUUUGAAGUCGUGUUUGUAGGAGGAUUGAUAGCUACUCUUUGUCCAUAUUUCCUUUUAUUUUUUUUUAAUGCGAUUGCUUUUAUGGUCAAUACAAGGGAGUCCAAGCCCAGGUACUUCUGGGAUUGUUAAUGCUGUAAAUUUAGUCCCUGAAUUCAUUUUUUAAAAAUUUCUGUCUUCGUGUCACAGAUUGUUGCACAAUUACUGCAUAUAUAGGACAAUGUUAAGUAAGGUAACCAAGCACACCCUGUACAUGGUAUUGAAUGUUUUUAAAAAGUCACCUUUUUAUGGGUAACAAAAUACAAACCCUAGGUUUUUCCACCCCACAUCACUCAUUAUUAUUACUACUACUACUUCUGCUAUUUUUGUGGGCAUCGUUUGGAUUUAUAAUGCUCAACUGGAUGGCCGAUCAUGCCCUAACACUACCCCAUAAUCUCAACAAAUAAGGC